GGCAUGGACAGAAGCAGGGGCUAAAGCUCUGUUCCCCUCUCCCGGAAGCUCGCAGACCUCCCUUCAGAACCAAUCCCAAGAAGCCAUCUAUCUGGAACAACACAAGGAUGCCGCCAGACUGGAAGAGCUCCUUGAUCCUCAUGGCUUACAUCAUCAUCUUCCUCACUGGCCUCCCUGCCAACCUCCUGGCCCUGCGGGCCUUUGUGGGGCGGGUCCGCCAGCCGCAGCCUGCACCCGUGCACAUCCUCCUGCUCAGCCUGACGCUGGCGGACCUCCUCCUGCUGCUGCUGCUGCCCUUCAAGAUCAUCGAGGCCGCAUCGAACUUCCGCUGGUACCUGCCUGAGAUCGUCUGUGCCCUCACGAGUUUCGGCUUCUACAGCAGCAUCUACUGCAGCACGUGGCUGCUGGCGGGCAUCAGCGUUGAACGCUACCUGGGCGUGGCUUUCCCCGUGCAGUACAAGCUCUCCCGCCGGCCUCUGUAUGGAGUGAUUGCAGCUCUGGUGGCCUGGGGUAUGUCCUUUGGUCACUGCACCAUUGUGAUCAUCGUUCAGUAUUUGAACACUACUGAGCAGGCCCGAAGUGGCAAUGAAAUUACCUGCUACGAGAACUUCACCGAUCACCAGCUGGACGUGGUGCUGCCCAUGCGGCUGGAGCUGUGCCUGGUGCUCUUCUUCAUCCCCAUGGCGGUCACCAUCUUCUGCUACUGGCGUUUUGUGUGGAUCAUGCUCUCCCAGCCCCAUGUGGGGGCCCAGAAACGGCGCCGAGCCGUGGGGCUGGCUGUGGUGACACUGCUCAAUUUCCUGGUGUGCUUCGGACCUUACAACGUGUCCCACCUGGUGGGGUAUCACCAGAGAAAAAGCCCCUGGUGGCGGUCAAUAGCGGUGGUGUUCAGUUCACUCAACGCCAGUCUGGACCCCCUGCUCUUCUAUUUCUCUUCUUCGGUGGUGCGCAGGGCAUUUGGGAGAGGGCUGCAGGUGCUAAGGAAUCAGGGUUCCUCCAUGCUGGGACGCAGAGGCAAAGACACAGCAGAGGGGACAAAUGAGGACAGGGGUGUGAGUCAGGGAGAGGGGAUGCCAAGUUCGGACUUCACUACGGAGUAGCAGUUUCCCUGGACCUUCGGAGGUGGCCUGGGUUACACAGGCGCUGGGAAGCCUGGGAGAGGCGGAGCAGGAAGGCUCCCGUCCGGAUUCAGAAAUCCUCAGACCCAGUCCAGGACUGGGACUUUGAAAAAAUGCCUUUCACCAGCUUGGUAUCCCUUCCUGACUGAUUUUUCCUACUCAAAGGAGCAUAACUCAGAAAUGCAGGAAGAAGUAGUUAGUUAGGUAUAGAAGCACCAGCUGGGCACGAUGGCUCAUGCCUGUAAUCCCAGAACAUUGGGAGGCUGAGGUGGGUGGAUCACUUGAGGUCAGGAGAUCGAGACCAUCCUAGCCAACAUGGGAAAACCCUGUCUCUACUAAAAAUACAAAAAACUUAGCUGGGCAUGGUGGCACGUGCCUAUAAUCCCAGCUAAUCAGGAGGCUGAGGCAGGAGAAUUGCUUGAACCCGGGAGUCGGAGGUUGCAGUGAGCUGAGAUCACACCACUGCACUCCAGCCUAGCGACAGAGCGAGACUCCAU